CCCCUCCCACAUCCAACGAGCAGGUCAGCAACCCAAUGGAGCCCAUACGCUUGGGUCUCGGCGAUGAAAUCCCUGGGUGGGGAUACCUGCCAGCCGAACAAUAUUUAAUUCGACACUGGAACCCCGCAUCUCCCGAAUCGCCCGACCAGCAGCGAGAAAGCCUCAUCCAGGAGUUUCUGAGUCUCGAUGAAAUACCCAAAGAACUCGAUGCCACGCGAUUUGGGACCAGGCCAUUCAAUCAGGAUCCGCAGGCGCGUACCCCGACCAAGGAGGAGAUCGCGACCAUCCUUCGGCCUUGGCGCUCGGACAUGAUGCGAGUCCGGGCGUGGAAACUGUGGAAACAAGGGGCGGAUUAUGGUCAUCCUGUGCUACUUCGGACAUACUACGAUCCAAACCACGACGACCGUGUGGAGUGCUGGACGCCCCUAGGCGAGUACUGGGCCGGGCAGACAUACUGGUCGUUCCUGGACGAUCGGCGGCUAUUCGAUUUCGAGGGCAACAAUCUGGACUGGAAACGAGUCUUCCAUGUCCUACCAGAGAUCUCCAAACUCGACACUCGGUAUUCCCGUCUCAGAAACAUGGACCUCUACCCCGAAUUCCGGACCAACUUCAAGGAUAGCCUGGAUACUGUCAAACGAGCCUACCCAACACAAUGGAGAAAUAACCUUAACCUCUUGCUGACCGAGAACGAUGCGGCGAUCUCGCUGCUGUACUUUCUAUCCACGACGCAAAUGCUGAUUGCCGACAGGAAAAGCUUCCAGACGGAUCAAUUCCUCCUGGUUCUCCUAGAUGCAAAGCAAAACGUCACCAUGCAAUGCCGCAUUGAGAUUACAGAGGAGAGAUUGGAUUGUCUUUCGACAGAAUGGGGACUGCGUGAACUCCCGAUGGAGCUUGAAGAUCAAGUGACGAUUGGGCCAGAAUACCUGGUUGAUGGUGAGCAGGGGAAGGUGUUGUACCAGUGGACAAAGCAGGACUUAGAGGGGGAUCCCGCUUCUGACGUUGAGGGGGCCACUACCGGUGCUUCGCACAUAGAUAUCUAGAUUGGAGCCUUUAUUUGAGUCCUUUCCCCCUGGUUGAAUCCGCAGCAUGCAUAUCCCUGGAUUAUAUCUAGC